UUUUAUAAAGUGCAUUCAUUACAUAGCCGCUCUGUUUCUUCUUCUCUUUCCCUCACCCUUAUCGCCGCUGUUUCGUCUUGAACAAUCAGGUUUGUUUCUCUCUCCCUCUUUCUUUAAGGUCCGUUAAUGGCGGAAUUUAUCUACCUUGUAAACAGUUUGUUACAGAUCUAAGGUUUAUAAUUUUUUUUAUCUUGUUUCAUCUUCUUUAGUCUUGUGAAAAAUUUCUGUUUUUAGUAUCGUCAAUACUUUGUGUAUUCUUUGAUAUCUAUUUCUGUGAAAUUGGUUUCUUUUAGUCAAUGUAUUAGUUGGCAUUUCUGCUUCUAAACACCCUUUUUAUAUCCAUCUCUCUCUUUGAAUUUCGAUAUGAUCACCAAACGAGUUUUUGUCAAUUCUCUCAAAUUCAACGGGACUCUGGACGAAUUUAGGGCAAAUUUGUUCAGAUUUUACCAAAUUAGGUGUUCUUCUGUGGAUAAAAGAUGAAUCAUUGUAGCCUUCAGCAGAAUGCAUUCUUGUCUCGUGAAGAAUCGAGAGGAUUUGUUCCUAUCUAUUCUCAUCCAGUGGACUCUGUUGUUUGCCCUAAGCCCCGUCGUGCAAACAACGUUAUUCGUCCCUUUAGAUUACAUUUUAGUCUUUCAGGAGCUGAUGAUGUAUGUGAUUCUAAAGCCGGGGAAGAUCUUUUGGACAUAUUUCGUAGAAAGGAAUCAGUAUCAUCUAGAUCACCCCCAUUUUUCCUUGGGUCUCCCCCUAGCCGAGCAGCAAACCCGUUAGCUCAAGAUGCACGCUUUGGAGAUGAGAAACUCAACACUGUCUCACCCUCACUCUCCCCUCUUCUCCCAUCUGCAUCUCGUGUUAAAAGUGGUUGUGGUAGAAUGAAGUUUGGGGUGAAACCAGCAACUGUUAGAGUAGAAGGGUUUGAUUGCUUGAACAGGGACCGCCCAAACUCAAGUAUCCCUGCCAUGGCCUAGAAAGAAGAAGAAGGAACAAAGAGGAUUCACAAAGUGUACAUAAAAUCCAGACUCAAAGACUCCAUUUUUUGAAGAAGUAUAUAUAGUUUUGCAGAAGAAGAGGAAAAGGAAGAUUAACGAUCGCUCAAGCUUUUACCGCAGUUUUCUGUGAUUAUGAUGAGGUUCAAUGUUGUGUAUAUAUAUGUAUCUACCGUAAUUAAGAGGUAAGGUCGAGACUUUAUGUGUUAACUUCUUAUUUCUGAAGUCUCGUUGUAACAUAUUAAACCAAUUUGGGAGUGUUGUUCUCUUUUCUGUGUAUAAUAACCAUUCUUCUUUUUUGGAGAUUCUCAAGUCUUUGUAAAUUGUAAUCUUGAUAAAUUCAAAAUGCUUUGUAUUAUUCGAACAAGCUUCCGUCUUUAGAGAUUCUAAUUGUC